UACCAAGCGCGCUGUACUAUGCACGUGGGGCCAUUUAGCGUUUACAUUUUAUUUUAGAAUAUAUAGUUUAUAACAUGUCCUCAUCGUUUUUUCUGAAACCAGGCGCUGCCAAAGUGGCUGCCAACAAAAAGCGAAAACUUAAUGCAACAAAAGCAAAAGGCAACGCCAAACCGGGCAAGAAAACACAAAAUGCAGUUCCUGGGCCAAAAAAGCAACGUCGAGCCAAGGUAGACGAUGAGGAGAUUGCAAGUGAUGAUGAUGAAGAAUAUAAUGGAAAUACCUUGGCAUUUUCCGCCGACGAAGAUGAAGAACAAGAAACGGCCCAGGAUAAACGCUUAAGACUGGCGAAAGAAUAUCUAGCGGAGAUUGAAAAACAAGAAGCGGAACGUGCCGAGCAACAAGAAUUAAGCCAGAGUGUAGAACAACGCCUACAAACGGAGUAUUUGGAUAGUGUGGGGCGUCUGCGACGCACGAUUGCCGCCGAUCUUAAAUCAUGUACAAUUAAAAAUGUACUAAAGCACAAGCUUCACCAUAGUCCAAUCUGCGCGCUUUCCCUUAGUGCGGAUGGGAAGCUCCUGUACACGGGGGCGAAGUCGCAAUAUGUACUCAAAUGGUGCACGGAGAGUGGUAAAGUGUUAGAGAAAGGUGAUGUACUGCCGCAUCGUGAGGAGCCCGAAACCACGAAGAAACGGAGAUCACAUGUUAUAGCCAUUUGCCUGUCAAGCGACAUGAAGUACAUGGCAUUAGCUGAGGGCGGAGUUAAUAUACAAAUCUGGUGCCCACAGAAGAUGAAGCACAUGCAAACGUUUAAAGGUCAUCGAGAUAAUGUCACGGGUCUCGUCUUUCGCAAAGGCACCCACGAGCUUUACUCUGCUGCAAAAGAUCGUUCCGUUAAGAUCUGGUCAGUGGAUGAAAUGGCAUACGUUGAGAGCUUAUUUGGUCAUCAAACUGCUGUUACGAGCAUCGAUGCAUUGAGUCGGGAACGGGCCAUAACUGCAGGGGGCUCGGAUUGCUCUUUGCGUAUUUGGAAGAUUACAGAAGAGUCGCAAUUGAUUUAUAAUGGGCACAAGGAUGGCAUUGAGUGCGUUAAAUUUAUUAAUGAUGAACAUUUUGUAUCCGGCGGAGUAGAUGGUGCGGUUAGUCUGUGGAGUGCAUUGAAGAAGAAACCAAUUAGUACAACGCAAUUGGCUCAUGGCAAGGGCGACAAUGAUGUAGCUAACUGGAUAACAGCGAUUGCCGUAGUCGUCAAUACAGAUUUAGUAGCAACAGGUUCUUGCGACGGCUGCGUCCGACUAUGGCAAAGCAAUCCAAAUGCUCGUAAAUUGCAGCAGAUUCUAAGCAUACCAAUAACUGGCUUUAUAAAUGCCCUCACUUUCAAUGCGGAUGGCAGCAAGCUUUAUGUGGCUGUUGGUCAGGAACAUCGCUUGGGACGUUGGUGGCGGCUCAAAGCUGCGAAAAAUAAUGUAGUUGUAAUUGAUCUUAAGUCGAGUAACGUGAAUAAAAAAGAACAGUAAACACUAA